AUGAACUGGGGAUUUACCGAGGAGCGGACCCGCCGCUCUCUUGCUGCACCAUCCAAGGUUGUGCAAGCGAAGCUCCCGGGCGCUGUUGGAGACACGGGUGCAGAGGAGGUCACGCAGACGAAUUUACGACAUCCUCGGCCUCGACCUCGGUUAAACGCUUCGUUCCUCAAGGAGUUCGUCGAUCCAAUCGGCCCGUACCCCGGUCUCGGGUCUAUCCACACCUUUGUGUCCAAGUGGCUCGAGUCUGUCGGAUCAGACCGGGGAAAACAUUGCCUGUCGGAUAGCCAUCUUCACCUUUCAAACCACGGCCCGGUUUCGAGGCGGCUCACGAGAUCGGCGCCGGAGAUGAGUUCCACACGGGGUGCGGAUGGCUUUGUAGUGCCGGCGGUGCCGGCUUCCUCCAGGUCGCGUAUAUCCCGAAUCGAUUCCGGGGACGACUUCAACCGAUCCCUGGCUUCUAGUACAGGCAACCCCCGCCAUCCACGAUACCGUGAAACCAGCCUACUACUCAAUCACAUUUAUAUCCGACACCCAGCUACACCGCUCCCGGACCUCGUUACCGGCUGCAUCGACUCAAUUCGCGCUCAGCGGGACUCCCCUGGGCUUUCGCCCGAUGAGCUGAGCCAGGCAAUAUACCAACUGGACACCCUUGAGGAAGGAUGUGACGAAGACCAGGUAGCUGGCCUACUUAAUAAUACGGCAUUUCCGAACACCACAACCGAUACAAUGUAUGGGCCUGGUACAGGCUUGACGAGCAACUCCGGCACGCUUAUAGCCCAACAUCUCGUUCCGAUUACUCCUACAAGUCCAUACCGAGUUUCACAACCCAAACCAGACAAGCUAUAUGGAUACUCGGGGCGGAUGACAGGAGCAUUUACUGAACCGCAACUACUCGCCAAAACCAUGCUCCAUCCAAAGCACCCAGAUUAUGCGACUGCUACGUCUAAGGCUCUCGAUUUUCCCUUCUUCGUAGUCGAAUUCAAAGCCGCUGGAGGUACACGAGGUGACCUCUGGGUUGCUACAAACCAGUGUGCGGGCGCUUCAGCAGCCUGCCUUAACGUUGUUAGUCAACUUAACUGGGCGCUUCAAAAGUACCAGAGCACAGAACGUAUUGACAACUUGUGCUACAGCGUAGCUGUAGAUAACAAUCUUGCCAAAUUAUAUAUCUCAUGGAAGGAAGACGAUCGGAGCUAUUACUUUCAACGGAUUGGCACGUUUCUGCUCUCACACCCAGAGGGCUUCAAGGACUUUCGUAAACAGGUACGAAACAUUCUUGAUUGGGGAAAGGGCGCGCGCCUGACGCAGAUUCGGGACGCCCUGGACAUCGUUCUUGAGGGAAACAGGAAGUGCGCUUCCGAGGCGGCGAGGUCUCGCCCCUCACCGUCUUGA